CUCAUCGAUAUUUCCGUUCUCCCAUUGGCCAAUUCGGCCACUCUCCCCUGAAAAAGCCUCCACCUCUGUUCCCCUCCCCUCCGGUUCGUUCGGUUACACCAACCGUUCCCUACCGCCGUCUCUCAGGUUCCAUACUUCGCUGAGCUAACAACUCAAAACUUCACCCAACGCAUUUCAUUUCUCCAUCAAUCCAUCCCACGGUGAGUUCUUUACCUUUCCGAUUUUCUCAAAACUUCCUGGUUUUGACGUGCGUGCGGUUCCGAUGGUGCGCGUUUGGAUCUGAUUGAAUAUUGCGUCUUGGAUCUGGCAGGUUGGAGAGAUCGGAGAGGGGAGGAGCUAUGGCGCAUAGAGUGGACCACGAGUAUGACUAUCUGUUCAAGAUCGUGUUGAUCGGAGACUCAGGUGUGGGCAAAUCCAACAUUCUCUCAAGGUUUACUCGAAACGAGUUCUGCUUAGAGUCCAAAUCUACUAUCGGAGUUGAGUUCGCCACCAGGACUCUUCAGGUAGAGGGAAAGACUGUGAAAGCGCAGAUCUGGGAUACAGCAGGUCAGGAGCGGUACCGUGCCAUUACCAGUGCUUAUUAUAGAGGAGCUGUUGGUGCUCUGCUUGUCUAUGACAUAACUAAGAGGCAAACCUUUGACAAUGUCCAGAGGUGGUUGCGCGAAUUGAGGGACCAUGCAGAUUCUAACAUAGUUAUCAUGAUGGCUGGAAAUAAAUCAGAUUUGAACCAUCUUAGAGCUGUUUCAGAGGAUGAUGGUCAAGCAUUGGCAGAGAAGGAAGGUCUCUCAUUUCUUGAGACAUCUGCACUGGAAGCAACCAACGUUGAGAAGGCAUUCCAAACCAUUUUGACAGAGAUCUAUCAUAUUGUUAGCAAAAAGGCACUUGCAGCUCAGGAAGCAGCUGUUGGCAACUCACUUCCUGGUCAAGGAACCACCAUCAAUGUUGCUGAUGCAUCUGGAAACACAAAGAGAGGCUGCUGUUCUACUUAAAUGUGACAUUUGAGGAAAAAGUGUUGCUAGCAGAUAGUAUUUUUUUCUUCUUCCAAUUCUGUUUUGCCCCUUUCUCCUUUUUUUUCCUUCUUCUUUAUGAGUGAGAGAGAAACAUGUAGAGUACAUUUUCUUCAUUGAGUUGCUGACGACAAUGUGAAAUCUAAAAAAAAUAGAGUUGCUAGUUUCUUUGCAUUAUCUUUCCAUCUUGUGAUAGUUUCUCAUGAAUUGGUGUAAUAUUGAAACUGACAGAUAUUGAUGAUAUAGCAUGGUUAAUGGGAAUCUGACAUUUCAGAGAGGCCAUGUAAGAUUAUACGUAGCUUCUGUUUUUGUUGAUUCAUUGUUGUUACAAGGCUACUUUGAGACCUGGUAAACGGAAUGUAUGAUCUCUUCUG